AUGCGGUUUCAAGCUACCACUCUUGAGCAGCGGAAACACCAUGUCAGGGAUAUCAUCUCUUCUUUCGACAGAACAACGCUUCCGGCGGAGUUUAGGAACGAUGUGUUUGCACGAAUAGACGAGGAGCAAGCUGGAAGGGCACAGUCUGAAUGGACCCGUCAAGGAGAUCUUACGGGCACAGCCAUGCAGUGGGGAUCUCAUGAUCCUUUGUCCUGGGAGACGUUGAAUCGAUGGCAGCCGCCGAAUCCCCGAGCCAGGCUGUUUGCAGAAAAGCUUCGAAGGCUGUUCGACCACCUGUUCGAAGAAUAUCAGGUGCUCGGCACCACUCACGGUCGCGAUACAAGGGCAGCGACGACACAUACGCCUUCCCAGAUCUGCCAGAGGUUCCAUAAGUUGGCGGCAGCAACCGUCACCGACCUGAAGUUCAGAACCGAAGGUCAUGCACACACUGCUGAUGUUUUGGUAGAUGUUCUGGCAAGAGUAUGCAGAACUCACGAUGAUGCUGCUGAGAUACGGGGAGGCUCACGCAGUCCGCGCAGUCCAACCUCUGCCCGAAUGCCGGGAGGGACUUGGUCGAGUCUCUAUCAUGAACUGAUCCAGGAGCCAAUACCAGGCGCGCCUGAUUUCAUGCUUGAGGCGCUGGAGACGCUCAAUGAAGUCUCGCCAAGGACACUGGCUGCGAGAAGCAUGCGACAGAGGCUGCAAACCAUUGACGCCAUGCUGCGGGCCAGAAGUGCACCUUACAGUUAUCAGACAAGGUUCAGGAAUGUUAUCAACUUGGACAGCUGA